CUAUGAUAUGUGCGCACCAACCGGCCACCCCGCCGCAGGCCCGGCCGAAGGCAGACCUGGGAGCAGGAGAUUAGUAGUAGUGGGGCACUACAUCCCCGCAUUCGUCAUGUAUAAAAUCAAUCUUCCGAGCUUCAAGUCUACCAAUUUAUCAAACGAAUACGCCUUUUCCUAACCAGCCGGUCAUCUGUACGAUAAGGGAAUAGGAACACUCAGAAACUACUUGCGUUUCGUCAGCACAACUCACUAUCCUGCAACAACCGCACCAAUGGCGCCAAACAAAGACAUCAUCCUAGCAUUCGACGCCUACGGCACGCUCCUCUCCACCGAAUCAAUCGCCCAAAAACUAGCCGAGCACUUCGGCAACGAAACCGCGCAAGCCGUAGCGCAAACAUGGCGAAAGUACCAACUAGAGUACACGUGGCGGGCGAACAGCAUGAACACCUACACCCCCUUCUCGACCCUAACCCAGCGCUCCCUCCGCCACGCCAUCGCCGAGCACGCCCUGCCCCCCCUCUCCCCAAGCGCAGUCACAGACCUAAUGGCCGCCUACGACUCUCUCGCCCCCUUCGCCGACGUGGCCCCCGCCCUCGCCGCCCUGUCCAAAGAGCGAAACCUCACCGCCGUCGUCUUCUCAAACGGCACGCGCGACAUGGUCACCCGCUCCGUCAAUCACUCCCCGGGCCUGUCCCCGCACGCCGCCGUCUUCGCCCAGAUUGUCGUCGUCGAGGAAGUGAGGAAGUUCAAGCCCGCGCCUGAGGUGUAUGCGCAUCUGGCGGAGCGGGUGGGGAAGCGGGCGGAGAGGGGCGAGGGGGGGUUUGGGGAUGUCUGGCUUGUGAGCUCGAAUCCGUUUGAUGUGGUGGGGGCGCGGGCGGUGGGGAUGCGGGCGUGUUGGGUGGAUCGCGGGGGGAAGGGGUGGGUGGAU